AUGGCUUGUUCUCUAAAUAUAAUAUCAAAAAUCGAUGAUUUAUCACGUAUUCGAGCUGUGCUCUUACCACAUCUACUUGAUUCUAUAGUCGAUAAUGAUUAUCAAACAACAACUGAUACAGAUGCAACAGAAGAUGAUGAAAUACCAACUGCAGAAAGUGUUGCUCGAACAGCUGCAUUACUUUCUACAAGUGGAAAGAAAAAGAAUAAAAUAUCUCGUGAUCGCAAUCAAUGGUUAAAUGAUUGUCAAUUAGCAUUUUCACCAACGCUGAAUCUACUUGUUAUUGGGUUUGAUCAACAUAUUGUUGUUUCAACAGCUAAAAGUAAAGUUUCAAGUCAUGAACAAUCUAACUUUAUAGCAUCAUUUGAUACAAAAUUACAAGUUGAAUCCAAUGAAAGAAUUACAAGUGUACUUUGUAUACCAGUAGCAUCAUCUGUGAAGAGAUCAUCGCAUGAAUGGACAUGUGUUAUUGUUGGUUUUACUACUGGUUAUGUUCGAAUGUAUACCGAAGAUGGGAUUUUAUUAUUUUCACAAAUAUUUCAUGAUGAAUCGGUAGCACAAUUAAAAUGCCAUACACAAUUUCCAUCGCCUAUUCGAAGUUUAACAGAACAGCCUGACGAACUCUAUAUUCGAUACAUCUCAUCAAUACUUGUUGUCAUUGAUGGUUUGUCACUUUAUCAGUUAUUAAAAGUUUGUCGAGAUCAUGUAUUAAAAUCAAGUAAUUUGUUAUCUUCAACAUCACCUCAAUUAUCAUUUAAAAAGUGGAGUUUUCCUGAUCAAAAUCAAGUUUUUGACUUUGUUCCCGCAGGAUUGAUAACAGAUAAUCGUUUUGAUCAAUUUUGCGUUGCUUCCAUGAGAGGUGGCUAUCAAGCUCAAAUUCGGGCUGUACCACCGUUGUUUUCUCGUUUAGUUACGAUUGGUGCUGAGCCAUAUUGCAACUUUUAUUAUUGUGCUGAAGGUGCGCAGAUGCCACAUUUAACAGAAGUAGCCUUUGCACUUGCUGACAAAGUUAAAAGUUCCGUCGUGUCUGCAGUCAGUCGAUUUUUUCCAUUGAAACAAGCAACAACGAAUACAGAAAAUCGAAAAGUUAAAAUAGAACCAGACACCAAACUUGAUAGUAGAUUUUGCGUUCGCGAUUUGCGUCGACAUGGAGAAAAAAUUAUUAUUUCACCUGGACUUCAUAUAGCAGCAGUUUGUGAUAGUUUUGGUCGUAUUAUUAUCUAUGAUGUUCAUCGAGGUAUCGCUAUUCGCAUGUUUAAAGGUUAUCGUGAAGCCGAAAUUGGUUUUAUUCAAAUUGAAGAAUCAACAGUUCGUGAUACAUCAAUGAGUUUAUUAUCAAAAAAAUCGGCUCUUUUUCUUGUUAUUCAUGCACCUAAACGGCAAUUAGUGGAGAUAUGGGGUUGUCAGCAAGGUGCACGUGUUGCCGCUUUUAAUGUAUCGAAAAAUAGUCGGUUGAUUUAUCUUGAACAUUAUACACUUGGAUGGGCAACUAGUGGAUCAAACUCCUCGAAACUAUCACACUACAAACAAUGUAUACUGUUGGAAGAAAAUGGAGAUAUAAAAACAUUCGAAAUUCCAUUUCAUCUCAUAUUAAGUGACAGAAAUAAUCAACGAGCACAUGAUCUAAUGGUUGUACGCCAAGUGCGUCGUCUUCUUAAGGAUUCAUCGGAUGAUAAUGAUUCAUUAAAAACAGAUAUUCAUCAACAAAGAAAACGGCUUCUAUCGUUAGAUUCACAAUCUGAAAUUCUUGAUAUUUUAUUUCAUACAGAUUAUCUUAAUUUAAACACAUUAAGAAUGUUUAUCGAUGAAUCCUUAGUUGAUUUAGAAAAGACUGGUCAUCAUCGUAAUCCACAAGAAUGUGUUCAUUUGCAAGAUUUUUGUGAUAAUGCAUUAAAUUUACUGAAUAUUUACACUGCAAUUGAACAAUGUCGAAUGGAUAAUUUAUCAUAUUUACAUAAAGGCGAAGAUUUAUUUUCUAAAGAGGAUUUUCAAAGUGAACUUAAUCUAACAGAUGAUGAAACAACACUUUAUUAUCAAUUAUUUGAAAAAACAUAUAAUAAUCAAAAUGAUAAUAGAAAGAAAAAAGUUCAUUUUCUUGAUGAAACUAAUUUAUUAAUUUCAAACUUUACGUUUGGACAAUUUCAAUCUAUGUUUCUGUCAUCACGUCAUAUGCAUUCGAUAGAUAAUCAACUUGAAAUUAAAUCAACUAUAAAUUCGGAAGAUUUUUCUUCUCUUGGUUUAUAUUUAUUUUCAUCAUGGUUUUGGUUUAGUGAUAUUGAUAAUAUCGAAGAAAAAUUUCGUUCAUAUCUUCAAUUAAUACAUUUAAAAAAUGAUGAUGUGGUUUUACUUUGUUUACAUUCUUUGCUCUCCAUACCAUUGACUUUACCCAAAGCAAUUCAUAUUUGGAAAAAAAUAUUUUCUAUCAUCUAUUCAAUGAAUAAUAAUAAAAAUUUAUUGAAAUCAAUACUUGAAAAAUCAGCGAAUGCCUUAACAACUCUUUUAUUAACAUUGAUAUUUCGUUUAUAUGAUAAUGAAAUGAAUUUAACUAUUUUAGUGCGUCGCUUAUCGGCACUGGUUGCUAUACAAAAUCUAUAUUUAUCAAUUAAAAAUAACAACGAAUCAAUAGAUUUUAAAUCAAGUGAAUUUACUGUUGAAUCGAUUUUUAUUAAACAUCGAUAUGAUUAUUUACUGGAACUUAUUACGCGUAGAAUGAUGGAAGUAUCUAUGGAACCAUCAUGUUUAGUAAUAGUAUCAAAUGAUUCAAAUCUAAAUUCAUUUCAAAGCAAUCUUUUACUAUGCCGACAAAUUCUUCCACAUACAUUUGAACCAACUGUUUUGUUAGUUUAUUGUUCUUGGAUAUGUAUGACUAUUUGGCAUAAACAAUUAAUAUCACCUACUAAUCCGACAUCAGUAACAACGACUCGAACACCAAUUGAUCUUUUUAAUUUGUCACUUCUUUUCUAUAAUCAUAUUCAAAUUGGAAUCGUCAAACAAAAUUUAGGUACACUUUUGUGGCAUACAUAUAUACGUCCUCGAAUAGUAACAUUAACACAAUUAAUUGAAAAAAUUGGCAAAGUUCCAAAAGAUCGUCUAUGUUAUAAAGAACUUCAUUUAAAUGAAAAAGAUUUGAUUAUUUUUCUUGAACAAUUAUCAAAGAAUUUUUUUAACACAUUUAUUGACUCAAUUUAUAAUCAACUUAAUGAAAUACCAAUUUUCAAUAAUGACGAUGUUUGGCAAUCGAAUGCUAUUGUUGUUUCAUCCGAUCCAGCAGAGCCAAUAUCGCCGUUUACUAAUCUAUUUUCUACAUCAUCUGUAUCUGAACAAAUAGAACAACAAAAUUCUUUACUUGAACUUGUCAUGGAACAAAAACCUGCUAAUGGUCAUCUUGUAUUGCAUCACGAUAAAUUAAUAUUUAUACUUUAUUAUUUAAUGUAUUAUCAUAUAAAAUCUAUUCGACCAUAUUCAUUAUUUGAUUCAAAAGGUAUUCAUGCGUUCUUCACUGAUCUUUAUUCUCAUCCAUUAGUAACUGACGAUGUUGAUGGUGCAAUAUCAAAUAAACGACAACUAUUUUUUGCACGUUUACUUAAUACAAUCUUUGAACAACAUGAUAAUACUCAACAAUUUGAUGAAAAAAUCUUUGACAAUAUUGUACGUUUAUCCACUGAUAUGCUUGUUGAUCAUGAAUAUAUUCGUCGACAUUAUAUAUCAUUGUUGUAUGCUUAUAAUUAUGAUUCUUUAGCUAUAAAUGAAGAAAAUCGUAUUUAUGACAGACAAGCGUUAGCUUUUCAAUUACUUAUUAUUGCUGGUUUAAGACUUAACUAUUUAAUUGAAGGUAAUAUUGAUGCCACAACAAAAAUGUCAUCGAAGUCAUUAGAAGUUCGAGCAAAAAUAUCGUCGACAUUAAAAACGUGGCUUACAUCGCUAGUGACCUUAGUUGACUAUAAAGUUCAACCAUGCUCUUUAGAUGCUAUUCAAACCAUGUUAACAAGAAUAGCAUGUUAUUUACCACAGACUAAUUUAAGUCAAUCGAAUUUAGCACAAGAAAUGCUCGAACUUGUAAAUCACUUAAAACGAUAA